AUGAUGGACAUCAUUUAAAUACCAUCUUUAAAUGAGAUUGAUGAAUCUUGUAUUAUAACUAAAAUACUGACAAUAAAAAAGGAAUACUUUUAGAGAUUAAAGAUUUCAAAUCAUUUAUAAUAUUGUAAUCUUAAUAUUGCUAAAAUUAUAAAAGAAUAAGGUUUUAGUACAUUAAAUGAAUGUACUUAAAAAAUUACAUAUUGCGAUAAUGGAAUUUGA